AUGCUCACUUCCGUGGGCAGGGCCUCCGCCCGUCGCGUCCAAACAUCCCGCUUUACUACUUCGACGCCCGCUACCACCCAAUUGUUUUGUCGCAAGUCGGCCAUAACACCCGCGCUUCCUAUUCGAAGCUUCACGGCCUCAGCAUGGUCGCCUUCUCCUGCGGCAAGCGAUAAGAAGCCCGCCAAGAAGACCACCAGCACCACCAGCACCACCAAGAUGGCCGCUGCCACCGCAAUCAAGCCUAAGUCGAAACCCAAGUCCAGUGCUACUGAGACCAAGACCAAGCCCAAGUCCAAGGCUGCUGUUGAGAAAAAGCCCAAGAAGCCCAAGAAGGAGGUCGACCCUGAGAAGCUCAAAAAACUCGAAAUCAGGGACAUCAAGAAGUGGACACUCAAAGAGAAGUUGACCACGCUCCCAGCUUCCUCAUGGCUCCUGUACACAUUCGAGCACAGAGCAAGCCACCUGGGCGCUGGUGGACUCACUCAGCAAGCCACCGCCAUGGCUGAGAAAUUCCGCCAACUCGACGAAUCUGAGGUCCAGGAACUCACCCGUAGAGCCGCUAUCAAUCGCGAAAAGAACGUUGAGAACUACAAGGCUUGGGUAGAGACCUACGAGCCGGCGCGCAUCUUCUUGGCGAACAAGGCCCGCCGUCGUCUGGCUUUUUUGACUGGCAAGCCGCAAAAGCUGCUCACUGAUGACCGCCUGCCCGUCCGCCCUGCAGGCUCGUACGCAAUUUUCAUGCGUGAGAACUACGCAGCUUUCAGCAACCCUGAUGCUCAGGAAAAAUUCAAGGAUCUUGCUCAAGCGUGGAAGGACAUGAGCCCGGCCGAGAAGGACCAGUACGAGGAGCGUGCCGCCGAGCAGUCCAUCCAGUACAAAGCCGAGACUGAGAAGCUUGAGGCGCGAGCAAAGGCUAUCCAGAAUGGUGCUGUUGGUGUCUAA